AUGAAUGCUAGACCCGCCUACGAGGGGGCUCUUAACGAGUCCCAGCUAUUUGAACAGCUCCCGAAUGAGAUUGCGGAACUCAUUCGCACAGCUUCCGGGACUCAGUACCUGAAUGCGCUUGCGGUCGGCGCGUUGAGGCCGAGAUGCACAGAAGGCUUCUUUUGCCUAUAUGAACCGAUCAUUGUGGAUCUGGCAGCGCGUUGGCUCCUGUCAGAAUCCCAGGUUGACCAGAUCGAAGUUCUUUCCGCUUUUUCACGAGUCCUCCCGCUUGCACCAUACCUACGAUCCUUUGCAAGCCAAUAUGCCAUAUCUCGGGCUGGACCUCUGUCGGCGUUGGCUGCGUCCGAUGAGCUAACACUUUCUCAAAUGAAUGAUGCCACUAUCCGAGCCCUUUUGCUAGCGAUUUUCAGACUUCUUUCAUACGAUGCAGAGACCUUUUCGAAAGCCGUAUCGCCGUCACAACUCCAGUCCCUCUUCCGACACCGAGACCCGUCCGUGAGUUAUCUGGCGAUUCGAUGCUUUGGCAUGUACAUGAGUGCAGCGGAUGCUGCUACGGAGGACAUAAUUAGGGCGAAAUUUGCAGACAACAUCAUCGAAGGGGACUGGGAAGGUAUCACAAUCGACUACCGCUGCCUCGGGUUGUGGGAGGAACGUCGGUGGAACACCUUCGAGAAGCAAGUUCAACAUGCAAGAUCGACUAGGGCCGCAUCUGAAAGCCUGUCUCAAAUUGAGUCAUUGAGGGAAUAUUUUACCGCUAGAACCGCCGAGGCCUGCGGUGUCCUUAUCCCCGACAGCAGGAUUGCGGCAGCCUUGAUUGCGCCUGAACCUAUACUCUUGAUCGGCUUGCCCAACUCCGGAAAGACCACGCUGAUUAACGAUGUUGCAGCGAGCAUGGGUCAGUCUGAAUCCAUGGUCACAUUGCACCUGAACGAGCAGACUGAUGCGAAGAGCCUUCUUGGAAUGUACUCCACAUCUCCUGCCACGGGAUCCUUUUCAUGGCAGCCUGGUGUACUCACCAAGGCCGCAAGAGAAGGUCGCUGGAUCUUGAUCGAAGAUUUGGACCGCGCGCCCUCUGAAGUUAUCGGUCUUAUUCUCCCCAUCAUUGAGAGGGGAGAGUUGACCAUAGCUAGUAGGAGGGAGAGGGUUAAGUGCGCUGAAGGCUUCAAGAUCAUUGCGACCAUGAAAUCAUCUUACAAUAUCUCAGGCGAAGAGAUUGCUCCAAGCACCAACAUCCUAGGAAGCAGGUUGUGGCAGAGGGUACAGAUCGAUUCGCUUACUAUAGAUGAGGUUCGUGAGGUAAUUACGCAGAAAUUCCCUCUGCUUGAAUCUCGGGUUCGGACAAUCAUGGACGUUUACCAGCGACUCUGUUCUUCUUUCCAUGGCAGCCUUGCGAUCAAGAGCUCCCAAGGACGGACACCCGGUCUCCGUGAUCUUGUCAAACUUUGCAGCCGAAUGCAUAGGCGGCUGCAACUCCUCGGUGCAAAGACAGGUUAUGAAGCUACUCCGGAGGGCGCCGAGGAUGAGAUUUUCUUGGACUUCGUGGAUGUUUUCUUGAAAUAUAUUCCAGAAAAGAAUAUGGCAGACACUCUUGCUUCCGUUGUCGCUGAAGCGCUCCAGAUCUCACCGCAACGAGCACGGUUUUGCCUUCACGAGCGCACCCCUUCAUAUUCAGACCAGGGGAAUAGCAUAACGCUUGGGAGGGAAGUUUGUCGAAAGAUUAAAGUUCCAGGUGGUUCGGCAUCAAAAGCUGCUGCUGCGUCAUCUCGGUUUGCUUCCACACGGGCUGCUUUAGGACUCAUGGAGCAAGUCGCUGCUGCGAUCCAGAUGGCAGAACCGGUCCUCCUUGUUGGAGAAACGGGUAUUGGUAAAACAACUGUUAUCCAGCAGCUGGCUACCUUGAUGCGGCAGAAGCUGACGGUUGUGAACUUGUCACAGCAGAGUGAAAGCACUGAUCUUUUGGGCGGGUUCAAGCCCGUGAAUAUCCGAACAAUGGCCGUGCCUAUGCAUGACGAGUUCGUGUCCUUGUUUGAAUUGACAUUCUCUGCUAAGAAGAAUCAGAAAUUCCUUCAGUCCGUCGGGAAAAGUGUCGCUGCCGGGAACUGGGUGCGCCUGGUCAAUUUGUGGCAUGAAGCCGUUCGCUUGGCUGAUGGCGUGUUCAAAUCUGGCCACGGUUCAUCGCAGGGAGCAGAUGAACAACCGACGAAAAAGAGAAAACUGGACUCGCCAAAGUAUCAGUUCUUGCGGCAGAGGUGGGAGAGAUUUGCGGCACAGCUGAACGAUUUUGAGUCCCAAGUUUCUCAGGGUGAUGCGAAAUUCGCGUUUGCUUUCGUACAAGGCAAGAUUGUUCGGGCCCUACGCAAUGGAGAGUGGGUUCUUCUUGAUGAAGUCAACUUGGCGUCGCCUGAUACUCUUGAGAAUAUCGCCAGUCUUCUACACCAUGGAAGCGAGGGGUCUCCGUCUGUCCUACUUUCCGAGGCUGGUGAUGUGGAGCGCGUGUUUGGACAUCCUGAGUUCCGCAUUUUCGGUGCGAUGAACCCUGCAACCGACGCAGGAAAGAAGGAUCUCCCCCCUGGCCUCCGGUCUCGAUUCACGGAAUUCUAUGUCCAAUCUCCAGACAGUGACCUGGACGAUCUGUUGUCAUUGAUCCACAAAUACCUGGGUGACCUGGCCCUGACCGAUUCUCGAGCGGUUCCGGAUCUCGCGCAACUGUACAUGGAAACUAAGAACCUCAGCAUUGAAAACAAGCUCACCGAUGGCGCUGGACAGCGCCCGCAUUUCAGUAUCAGAACCCUCGUCCGAGCCCUCAUUUAUGUUGCUGAUCAUGCUCACGUCUACGGCCUGCGCCGGGCGAUAUAUGAAGGUUUUUCUAUGAGCUUCUUGACCGUUCUCAGUCAAGACUCAGAAAGGCUGUUGGCUCCUCUCCUCGAGAGGCACAUAUUUAGCAAUGUCAAGAAUGCCAGAGCGCUUCUUAACCAGACACCCAGACCGCCGAGUGAUGGCAACGAUUAUGUUCAAUUCAAACAUUACUGGAUGCGUAGAGGCCACCUGACUCCCGAAGAGCAGCCCCACUAUAUCAUUACGCCUUUCAUCGAGAAAAACCUGAAGAAUCUGGUCAGAGCAAGUUCGACGCGUCGAUUCCCAGUUUUGCUGCAGGGCCCAACAUCUGCUGGAAAGACAAGUAUGAUCGAGUAUCUCGCAAAGGUAUCCGGAAACAAGUUUGUUCGUAUCAACAACCAUGAGCACACCGAUCUUCAAGAGUACCUGGGAACGUAUGUCUCUGGUGAUGAUGGAGCGCUUCGUUAUCAGGAAGGUGUGCUAGUGGAGGCGCUCAGAAACGGAUACUGGAUCGUCCUCGAUGAACUUAACCUAGCACCCUCUGACGUAUUGGAAGCAAUGAAUCGACUUCUCGAUGAUAAUCGCGAGCUUUUCAUACCUGAGACGCAGGAAGUGGUGCAUCCGCACCCUAACUUCAUGCUUUUUGCGACUCAGAACCCUGCCGGCCUUUACGGUGGCCGAAAAGUUUUGUCGCGCGCCUUCCGAAAUCGAUUCCUGGAGCUUCAUUUCGACGAUAUACCGGAAAGUGAACUCGAAUUCAUUCUAAAAGAGCGUUCCCAAAUCGCCCCUUCUUUCUGCACCAGAAUUGUCUCCGUUUACCGAAAGUUGUCUCUAUUACGCCAGGCAAACAGGCUCUUUGAACAGAAGAACAGCUUUGCGACCCUCCGUGAUCUCUUCAGGUGGGCGCUACGACGAGCAGAUGACCGGGAGCAAUUAGCAAUCAAUGGGUUCAUGCUACUUGCGGAGCGGGUCCGAAAUCCACAGGAAAGGGCUGCUGUAAAAGGUGUCAUUGAAGAAGUGAUGAGAGUUCGAAUCGAUGAAGAUGUCAUCUACAGUUCCUCCGAAAUGGAAAAACGUGCGCCCCUUCUUGCACAACUAGCCCCUGGCAUUGUGUGGACAAAGGCAAUGAGAAGACUUUUCGUGCUCGUCUCAACUGCGCUUGAGAAUAACGAGCCUGUUUUGCUUGUUGGUGAAACUGGCUGUGGAAAAACCCAGCUAUGCCAGGCAGUCGCAGAAAUCUACAAGAAGCAGCUGCUGAUUGUCAAUGCCCACGUGAACCUCGAGACUGGGGAUCUUAUCGGAGCUCAACGGCCUAUAAGAAACAGGGCGGCCAUUGAGAGUCAGCUGCUGAGCGACUUGCAAGUUCUUUUCUCUGAGGAGAGCCUGAGGCCCCUGGAGGAACUCAGACAAGCCUUUAGCACCCUCAAUGCAGAGCAGCUGCAAUCGUUGGACGCUGAUCUAGUUCUGCGUAUUGAGAAGAACAUGGCUCGUUCAAAUGCUUUGUUCGAAUGGUCUGAUGGAAGUUUGAUCACCGCAAUGAAGACUGGCCAGUUUUUCCUUCUUGAUGAGAUCUCUUUGGCAGAUGAUUCUGUCUUAGAAAGACUGAACAGUGUUCUAGAGCCUCAUAGAUCCAUUUUGCUCGCUGAAAAGGGCCCAAUCAAUUCCAUGGUUGUUGCCGACGAUGGUUUCCAGUUUCUUUCUACGAUGAAUCCUGGAGGUGACUACGGAAAACGCGAGCUUUCCGCUGCUCUUCGAAACCGAAUGACCGAGAUAUGGGCGCCUCAGCUUUCCGAGGAUGAGGACAUUUUACCGAUUCUUCAAAGGAAGCUUACUUCAGGCACGGAAAACGUAUCUAAGGGAAUGCUACAGUUCGCCAAGUGGUUCAAAGAGGUGUUCCAGAAUUCAUCCACUUCGUCUCUCUCUCUUCGUGAUCUUCUUGCCUGGGUCGAAUUUGUCAACAGGUGCCAAAGCUCGGAUCCUCUCUUUGCGAUAGUCCAGGGUGCUGCUAUGGUGUUCAUAGACACUUUGGGUGCGAAUCCAGCAGCAAUGCUCGCGACAGCACUGCAUAACCUUGAAGGGAACCGUCAAUUAUGCUUAGAUAAAAUGCAUGAACUCUUCGAUGUUGAUGCCUCGGCGAUCUAUCUACAGAGAUCAACUGUUGGUAUUGAGGGUUCUUCUCUGCGUGUUGGAUCAUUCUGUCUUCCCAUGAACAGCAAUUCGAUGCCAGAUCCCGACUUUAUUAUGGAUGCACCCACCACUAUUGCUAACUCGGUGAGAAUUGCUCGAGGAUUGCAGCUACCUAAGCCCAUUCUUCUCGAGGGUAGCCCAGGUGUCGGUAAAACAACGCUUGUGACGGCACUUGCGAGGGCCCUUGGAAAACCGCUUACUCGGAUCAACCUUUCAGAGCAAACAGACCUCACAGACCUUUUUGGUUCAGAUGUCCCUGUGGAAGGCGGUGAUGUUGGACAAUUCGCUUGGCGGGACGCACCGUUCUUACAAGCAAUGCAACGCGGUGACUGGGUUCUUUUAGAUGAGAUGAACUUGGCUUCCCAGUCGGUCCUUGAGGGUCUUAAUGCCUGCUUGGAUCAUCGUCAAAUGGUGUAUGUCGCUGAGCUUGACCAAACCUUCAAAAGACACCCUGACUUCGUUCUCUUCGCUGCGCAAAACCCGCAUCAUCAGGGUGGCGGCAGAAAGGGACUCCCCGCGUCCUUUGUCAACAGAUUUACAGUGGUCUAUGCCGACAGUUUCACAGACACUGAUUUAAAGAGAAUCUGUGCUAAGCUGUUCCCGGGCAGCCCUGCUAAGCAAACUGAGGGGUUAGUCGAGUUUGUGUCUCUUCUCAACAAGGCUAUUCAGGAACGACGCCUCGGCGCCGUUGGCGGGCCUUGGGAAGUCAACCUGCGAGAUAUCCAAAGGUGGCUCCAGUUGGCCGAUCGCGGAAACUUGCAGAUAUCUACCCAGAGCUUCCUUGAAGUUAUCAUCUCUCAGCGAUUCAGGAGCGAAGAAGACCGACAGUUGGUCUCUACUCUAUACAAACAAGUCUUUAGUGACGCCCCAACACAUGAUAAGAGCUAUUACCACAACCUCACACCAGACUACAUGCAAGUCGGACUCGGCAUUAUGCAGCGAGAUUUGUUAUUGCAGGAGACAUCAAGUCCCCAGAUGAGAAUACUUCCCGGAGACCUUCCUAUCUUGGAAUCCCUUAUGCUAUGCAUAGAGCAAGCUUGGCCCAGUAUCUUGGUCGGCCCAUCUGGCUGUGGCAAGACAACGCUUAUCAGAAAGCUAGCUGCUCUCAAUGGUGCUAGUCUGGUCGAAUUGGCAUUGAGCGCCGAUACGGAUACUAUGGACUUGAUUGGUGGAUUCGAGCAAAUCGACUACAGGAGAGAGCUCUCGUCUCUCGUGCAUCAGAUUUCCCUGUUUCUCCGACGCGAAGCCAUUUCCGCCUACGCAGGUGAUGAGACGACGAGCGCAGCUCCCGCCUUCCUCGAGCUUUACGAACAAUUGCAGGGUUCAGAUGUUCAGUUAGACGCGGUAUGCUUAUCGCUUCAGAAGCUGUACCAUGCUUAUCCUCAACCUGCGCUCGAGAAGCUUUUAAAUCAUGCUCAGCAUUUGCUCAAGGUGACAACGCAGUCUGACAGCAUGAAGGUUGGUUUUGAGUGGACCGAGGGUGUCUUGACGCAAGCAGUUCAGCACGGGCAGUGGGUCGUCCUUGACAAUGCCAACUUAUGCAAUCCAUCUGUGCUUGAUAGAUUGAAUUCUCUGACGGAACCGAAUGGAGCUCUUAUUCUCAAUGAACAGCGCACUGAGGAUGGAAACGCUCGAGUCGUGAGGCCGCAUCCGAAUUUCAGGCUGUUCUUGACGAUGGACUCUCGUCACGGUGAACUAUCCCGUGCGAUGCGGAAUCGGUGUGUCGAGAUGUGCUUCCUGCCUCAGGAUAACAAUGACACCGUCGCUACAUUGAUGCCUGCUUAUACCAACCAGUCUUCUUUGUAUCGUCUUCGGUCGGUUUGGGAGCUGGAUCUUUCCAUGGCUAGCGAAGGAAGUGCAGACAUUUUACAGGAAGUGUGCCUCGACCAUCUUUCAAUCACCGACUUAUCCUAUCUCCAGCGGGCGCUGAAGCUUACGCCACAAUAUGGCUCGGAUCUUCUGAGAGAACCUUUCUCUUCUGCUUUGGAUCGAUAUGUAUCCGCGAUACAUGAUAAUGCUUCAUGUAAGCCUUUCGAGAGCACUAAGAAGGAAGUCAUGCUGGGUUGUGCUUCUUUUGCUAUACAGGGAAGGUUGCAGCCUCUUCACCCUCUUGUAAACGAGCCACUGGCAUCUAUUAUGCACCAAGAUGUGCCUUUCGUUUGGCUCAUGAUUUUGGCGUACCUGCAAGAGUACAAGCUUGACCUGCAUCACCUGAGGCAGGGCUUACUGAAAGCGGAUGAAUCUGGGAAACAGCUCAAGCCAAGUCAAAUGAGCCGUCUAGAACGAUCUCUAGCUUCGGGGAGGAUACCCUCUUUGAUGAAGGAUGCAACACAACCUGUUGGCCCGUUCCUUUCUGACUGUGGUCAAGCCAUGUACGACUUCAUACAGGGACUAGACUAUGACGCCCUUCAUGCCCCUGACAUGGUUCGCGCUCUCCGUGCUAUCGUCGACUUCAGCUCAGAUGUCUUUACAUUGACUGCCGCAAAUGAAGUGGACCGGGGUGAAUUCCAGAUUUACCUCCAAAUUGGAAAAGAGUUAUGCGCUUCGCUUCUAGACUCAUGGGCACCGUUGAAGCAGUUGGCUCUCGCCUUCUCUCGAGCGCUUGAUCGAUUUAAGGAGAACUGGUCAUUGACCACAGGUCUAAGCAUGCAGCGGCUUUGGGAAUCGUGGAGACCAGCAACCCCCUCUACCCAAAGCCAAUUGACAUUGCUACUAGAGUUAGAAAGCGUUGCUUCUGAAUUCACCCAGGUUGCGACGAAGACACACCUGGACCUGUCUCAACUGAGUCAGGUGCGCGACUCUCUAAUUGGUGGCCAGGAAGCUAUUCUUCUGAACGGUGCCGAUGAGGAAUUUCCCAUCCAAGGGCUUCGGCAAACCGUCGCAGAAUUAGCUGCUUGCGUGCAAGAUACCGAUUCAAACCAGCGCCCCUACUUCUCGACCAAUUUUGAGGCUCUGUGCCAGUACCAUGACCUCGCAUCACUAGGCAAGACGCAGAUUGGUGAUGACCAGGUUAUUCGAGCUAUUCUGCCAUUACUCGCCGGCCGUGCUGCCCGGCCUCUGAACGGGUCGAGUUUGCAGAGCCAAAUUCCUAGUAUCCUUCACAAGAUUUCCUUAUUCUCAGGCUCUGAGCACUCAUCAGUGUUCGGCGCUGCUAUCAGUGGUAAUGUCUCUUUAUCGCUGCUAGAAAGGUUAGCUUUAGUCGGCUCUACAAGCUUGGGCCAGAUGAAUGCUCUGGAAAUAGAAAAGAAGACUCUCUCCAAGGCGUUGACUUUGACAAGUCGAGAAAUCGGCUUGGACCAAUUCAAGGGUCUUAAGCAGGUCAUGGCGAGGUUGGCCGUCGAGCUUGCCUUCCUCCACAGAGACUUCUUUGAACCACGAUCUUUGGAGCAAUUGGUCACCAUUCUUCGCGUGAUCGAAGAUGGAGGCUCGUAUGAUGGUCCGGCAUUACCGGCCAUCCAUGUGGCCACAAAUCUGCCCCGAGACCACUACUUCAAGAAAUUUGCAACAGAGGAUAUCCCAAGGCUGGUUGCUUCACUGGCAUCUAGUCAGAGCCCUGUGGAAAGUACUGGAGCAGCACUUGUUCAACUAGCAGUCAUCUUCCUGCGACUAUUCGUCCCGGAUAAGCCGUUUGAUCCCUCAUUGGGCUUGGUUGUGCAAAGAAAGCGACACUCGCAACGUUCGUCGGAACUCACAGCGAAGGCUGAAGCAAUGACAUCCUUCGAGGUUGGCUUCUCUGGCCAAGCGUCCAACAUUCGCCUCGAACUUUUGCAGAAGGAAUUGCAUGAUCUUGGCUCAGCACCCCCUCCCUCUUCUGUCAGCAGGCCCCGAUCUCUGAGUCUGGUGAAUUCAGUGCUUGAUCGGCGUCCCGAGGAGAUUGUCUCUGCCGUAAGUGAUGAUGAUGGCGAAGAAAAUGGUGAACGACAGCGCAUGCUCAGUCUCUUGCGUGAUAAUGUUCGGCAGCUCAGCCACCGCCUGAGUGCAAAUUAUCGAUCAUACGACGAUAUCACGACACCUGCCGUCCGUUUUCUUCAAAUUCUGGACCUGGGACUCUACCUUUCUUCGAGCCCAUCUGAAUCCAGUGACAACCAGAUACUCAAUGCUGUCAGGGACACCACACCCUUCCUUGGUGGUUUGAUUUAUCCUGUCUCAGACCUGAGCCAGCAGAGAGCAGAAGCCAAUUCAACCCUAGAUACCGAUCUUUGGUUCCAUGAAUUGUCGUCGUUGAGAAUAGCUGAAAAUGCGGAUCCAGGUGUAAUCCGUACCCAAGCUGGACGUGACACCCUGCGCCGCCUCUUCGAACAGUUCCAUGCCCUGUGGAAAACUAAAUUGCGAGAGGAUCAAGAGGAGGAGGCUCGGAAGUCUGAAUUCUACCACUUCAAGGGGUCUUGGGAGGAUAGUGAAGAGGUCGAUGAAAACGAGCUACGCCAGCUUUUCCCCACGUACGAAGACAAUGCAGAUGAAGAAAAUCAAACGCCUGGUCGAUUUGAUCCAAAGUCUAUUUCGGUCAGGCUCGCUUCGUUGCACGCAAAACUGUUCCAAUCUGAAGAUCGUGAGGAAGUGCUGUCGGCUUACAUUAAGCAGGCUUCCUUGCUAUUAGGCUCUACUUGGUCGGAAAAUCAAUCCAUGUCGGAUACCGACCCUAAGGAUCAGAUCUCCGGUGUGCUCUUGCUUCUGGAAGACUCCAUCAAAACAGGUCAAGGCCAGCCUGCAGACAAAUAUAACUUCUAUGUGGACGCGAACAUCGCUGAAGCAAAGAGACUGGUGAAUUUGACCCUGGCAACGAAGGCUCGGUUCACCCAAAUACAAAAGUCCUGGCCGGAUCAUGCUGUCUUAGAAGAUGUCAUCCAGUGCUGCAGAGAAAUCCUUCAGUUCAAGCACACUGAGCCUGUCGCAAAGUUCAUUACCAAGGUUGAAAAGCUGCACGCGCAUGUUCAUGAAUGGCAGCUUGUAGCAAGCAGAGAGUUCUCUGCGGCCUCUUUGUAUGACGACAUCACAGCUAUGACUAUUAGUUGGCGGCGUCUUGAGCUAUCGACUUGGGCGAAGCUUUUGGACAUCGAGAAUGACAAGUGCACCCAGGACGUGAGCUCAUGGUGGUUCAUCGCCUAUGAGGCGAUCAUUCGUGCUCCGAUUCAAAUCACAGAGUCCGGUCAAAUGGAGAUGAGCGAGCAUGUCCAAGAGAUCACGGCUACAUUGGAGCAGUUCUUCAACACAACCACCAUGGGACAAUACAGCGAGCGCCUCCGACUUGUUAAGAAUUUCCAGUCUUUGCUCCUGCUCUAUGUCCAGGACCUGCCAUCUUUGAGUCAGUUGGUUUCUGCUCUGGACAACUUCCUUGUGCGAUACAAGCAGUUUGAGCCUUCAGUGCACAAGCUGCUGGCGGAGAAGCGGUCAGCUCUUGAGAAGGAUAUCAAGGAGCAGAUCCUAUUAGCCAGCUGGAAAGAUACCAACAUUGUCGCGCUCAAACAAAGUUCCCGGCAUUCGCACAACAAACUGUUCAAGCUGGUCCGCAAGUACAGAGCAGUCCUGGCUCAACCCGUGCAAUCGAUUGUGGAACAAGACAUGCCGGACAACGAGGAUUCCAGUGUUCCUGAGAAGGAAGUCACCAUGCCCUCCUCUGUCUUCCCUGAAGCUCUUGCCUUGUGCCAGAAGGAGGAAAGAAUCUGGACCGAAAGACCACCUCGAUUCAAGAAUCCCGACGCGACCGCUGGCAACAUGAUGCAACUGUAUGCCUCGAUCCCUUCUGAAUUCGACAUUGCAGACGAUCUUGACGGGUUCGUCAAGUUUGUCAUCGAGAGCAUACAGGAGUUCAAGUCGCAAACGCCGAAGACUUUGACUGAGGAGAAUAAAGACGAUGUUCAGCACCUCAAGGUCCAAAAGCGCCGAUUCUAUGCGGAUACCUUGCGGCGGCUAGUGGACAUGGGAGUGAAGCGUAGCGCAAGUACCAGCCUGAUCGAAACCCAAGCAUCUAUUGCACAGGUUCUUGCCUCUAUCCCAGCUUUGGAAGCUGGCACUGCCCUAUCAUAUCUGGCCAGAAGCUCCGAUUUAUACUUCCACAAGUUUUUGGACUUGCUUCCUCGCGUUCGUCUCGCAGCGCAUAAUUACUCGGAAGAUCUGAGCAAUGUGGAGAUAUCUCGAAGCUCGGGAUCCAUGGAGCAUCUGUUGUCCCUCGCCCGGAAGCAAAGAGCCUCUAUCUCCCCGGCACUUUCUGAUCUCACCGCGCUGCAGUCGACACUUUUGAAGGUUUCGAACCUCUGGUAUAGCUCUUCAAUUUUCAAGGCUGCUCCCGAGUUUUCAGUUGAGAAAGCAGAGGUAAGCAGAGCAGUGGCAUGGCUGACACCUAUACUCGGACUCGCCGCCACAGUUGUCAGUUUGCACGCAAAGUUCUCAGGCAUCAAUUCGACAAGCAUUCUACAAAGCCUGCAGACCUGGAGGGAUACGUUCGACCGCUUGAGAACGUCCUUGGGCAGUCUUCCUGAACUGCCACUCGGUGUUGCCUCGCAAUUGCACAGCGAUACGGUGGAAGAGGCUUCCGCAUCUUUUGAAAAGUUGAAUGUCGACCUCACAAGGUGGGCGGAAGAGCGUCCUGAUCUAUCCUUUGUGCUGGGCCAGAUAGUUCCUUGGGUGAAAGCCAAGACAAUGUCCUCCGACAGCGAGUUUGACGAGACCGUAUCUGUCGAGCAAUUCGAUACCGGCCUUGUUGCAGCAGUUGACAAGAUCCUUGUCAGUCUUCAGAAAUUGAAGGAGAUUCCGUCGCUGCUUGCUUCUCCCGGCUCUUUGUCGCGGAGUGACGAGUUCUUUGUCAGAGCCUUGAGAGUUCUUCAUAUCUCUGGCAUCACGGCCUCUCUAGAGUCCAUCCUCGGGGAGUUGCAGUAUCUCCAGACUCGCUCAACCCCUGGAAUUCCUUUUGCCGUCGCACUUGUGGCGAGCCUGCUACCGAUCAUGAACAAGUACUUCCAUAUCUGCCAAGACGUUGUGGAUCGCUACUUGACUGUGCACCGGGAAACAUGCAAAAUGUCUUACAUUCUCACCAAGUCGUUCGCCCAGAUCGCAUCUGAGGGCUUCUGUAGUCCAGCUGAGGCAUCUACAGAAGAGAGCAACUCCGGAAAGCUCGAGAGUGGGACCGGUCUCGGAGAAGGAGAAGGCGCCGAAGACAUCAGUAAGGACGUUGGAGACGAUGAAGACUUGUCGGAGCUUGCUCAAGAGCAGAAGGGAGAGUCUAACGAGGACAUUGAGAACUCAGAAGACGCAGUCAACAUGGAUCAGGAGGAGAUGCAGGGUGAAGAAGGCGAGCGAAAAGAAGGCGACGAGCAAGACGACGAAAGCGGCUCUGAAGAGGAGGGUGAUAUCGAUGAGGAAGUCGGCAGUGUCGAUGAUCUUGAUGCCUCCGCGGUUGACGAGAAGAUGUGGGAUGGUGAACACGAUGAGCAGCAAAAGGAAACAGAGACCGAUCAAGGCAAGGGAGUAUCUGAGUCUGACGAACAGACCGCCGCGGGCGAGCAAGAGAAAGAGAAAGAAAAGGCCCAAGAAGGCGAGCAGGGCGAAAAGGACGAGGACGCGGAGGAAGAGGAAGACGAGGAAGGAGAAGAGAAGCCUGACGAAGAAGGCGAAGCCGUGGGACGUGAGGAUAUGGAUGUGACGGACCCUCAUGCCAAGGAAGAAGAAGCACUCGACCUUCCAGACGAGAUGCAACUUGACGGAGAAGAGAAGGGCGACGAAGGUGAAAGUGAUGACGGUCUUGAUGGUAUGGACGACGACCUCCCCCCUGUGGAAGACAACGAUGAACAAAUGGACGGAAAAGACGCUGCGGAGGAUGAGGCUAUGGAAGGCGUCGAGGAACAGGAGCCCGAUCAAACAGAGGAGGGCAUGCCUGAUGAGGAGGCAGUCGAAACUAAUGAAGGUGAGGGCAAUGAAGAGACGAACGAAGCUGGCGAGGAAGCCGAAGAGGAGGAGAAGGAGGACUUCCUGACCCAACACGACGAGAACGAGAUGGCCGGGGAAGAAGUGGCUCCCAGUGAGGCUGUCAAUGGCGGUCUCGGAGCCGAUCAAGACCAGAAUCAGGACAAGGGUGAAUCGGGCAAUGCACAGCAGGAGAGUGGCUCGACAGAUCCCUCGACCGAGAAAGAGCAGAAGACCGGUGCAGCCCAAGAGGGAGAGGAGAACCAACGACACAAUGAUGAAGGUGGAGCGAACGAUGCGAACCCUGAUGAUCCUCAGCUCCAAGCAUUCAAAAAGCUGGGUGAUGUUCUUGAGCAAUGGCACCGACGCCAGAAGGAGAUCAUGGAUGCUUCGAAACAAGAGGAGGGCGAGUCCGAGGAGCCAAUGCCUCAGGACACGGAUAUGGCUGACGCCGACUUCGAACAUCUUGCGGACCAAGACGAUGUCGCUGACACCCAAGCGCUCGGACAAGCCAGUGAAGACCAGGCCAAGGCUCUCGAUCAAAACAAGGGGGUCGAGUCGGAUGUCAAGCCCGAAGGCAACGACGUGCUGCCGGAUGUCACCGACGACGACCAUCAGGACCUUCCCGACAACAAGCUGGAGGAUGAGAUGCAGUUGGACCAGGGUCUUCCCACUGAGUCACAGACGGCUGGAGCAAUCAUCCCUGGCAAUGCCCACACGCAGGAACGCACCACCGACGCCGCUGGCCAACAAGAAGCAAACGAUGAACUGGAUGAGGUCGAUGCCCAUCUCGCAGCCAUCCAUCUCUCCUCCAAUCUCCCUCCCCUGACGCCCAGGGACGAGGCUCAACGCCUCUGGUCGUUCUACGAAUCGGCCACCACCGACCUGUCUCUCUCUCUGACCGAACAACUUCGCCUCAUUCUCGCGCCGACGCUUGCCACUAAGCUACGGGGUGAUUUCCGGACCGGAAAGCGCCUCAACAUCAAGCGAAUCAUUCCCUACAUCGCGUCCCAGUACAAGCGCGACAAGAUCUGGAUGCGCCGCUCCAUCCCCUCCAAGCGCAACUACCAGAUCAUGCUUGCUGUCGACGACAGUAAAUCCAUGCUGGAAAGCGGAAGUGGUCAGCUUGCCUUCGAAACCCUCGCGCUUGUCGCCAAGGGUCUCAGCAUGCUCGAAGCCGGAGACCUGUGCGUCCUCGGCUUCGGCAACGAAGACCACGUCCGGGUUGCGCACGAGUUUGGCAAGCCGUUCUCCUCAGAGGCCGGCACCCAAGUGUUCCAGCAUUUCAGCUACCAGCAAACUGGGACCAAUGUGCGGAAGCUGAUCGCCGACUCCAUCGCCCUCUUCCGCGAAGCCCGCUGGAAGCAGUCCCCUGGAAGUGGCAACGCUGAUCUCUGGCAACUGGAACUGAUUAUCUCCGACGGUAUCUGUGAAGACCACGAGACCAUCCAACGCCUUGUGCGUCAAGCUCAAGAAGAGCGCAUCAUGAUUGUCUUCAUUAUCGUCGAUGCCGUCAAGGGCAGCUCCAUCUUAGAUCUCAGCCAAGCCAGCUUUGAGCCCGAUGAGAGCGGCUCGGGUGAAAUGAAGCUGAAGAUGAAGAGAUAUCUCGAGGGAUUUCCUUUCCCUUACUACCUUGUUGUCCGGGAUGUGCGGGAGUUACCGGCUGUUUUGGCUACGGCGUUGAAGCAGUGGUUUGCUGAGGUUGUUGAUGUAUCGUCUUGAUUUAUGAUGUAGACAUGUGGUUAUAUGAGAAGAAAAGUUUGGAUAGCUUUUUUGUUAUGGUUUUGUAUAUAGAACUUUGAUUGUGUUUAGAAAAGAAUUUCAG